UUAAGGGGCUCAGAAACUGCGGACGGCGACUCCAACAAAAGCCAUCCUCGAUCCCAACGUCUGCCCAGCCUUCGCCUGGCCAACGGCCGCAUCCGUUACGGGACCCCAACAGACGACGACAAUUUCACGGACGGUUCCGUCAGAGGGGGUCCCAAUAGCAACAACGCUUCGGGGCCCCCUGGGAACCAAGGGGGCCCCAUUCAUCGCCAGGAUUCCAUCAAAAUCUCGGUGGAUCACACUCACACGGGUACCGAUUCUCUGGUAACCGCAACCGAUGAGGAUCUAGUGAGUGACUACAUAACACCAGAGAUGAACUUUAAGGACGUUAAGGCCGCCGUAGGUGGUGGUCCCAACUCCAAAAGCGGUGAAAACAAUCAAGGUGAGAAAGAUGACGUUAGCUUGUACGGAACUCCGAAGGAAGAAAUAGGACCCGGUAUCUCUGAAGCGAAAGCGGGUUUCAUGCGCAAUCAGCUCGAAGCCCUGUUCCAACCUUCGGACAAUAAGCUUGCUAUGAAACUAUUUGGAAGUAAAAAAGCGUUAAUGAAAGAGAGAAUCAGACAGAAAGCAGCGGGGCACUGGAUUAUUCACCCCUGCAGUAAAUUUAGGUAAGCUAAUUUUUUAUUUAUUAUUUUGUAACCGGUGCUCAACAUCUUCUGAGUUCAAUGUUCAACUCUGUUGCAUUGAGACAAAUUAGCCUUCUUGAAGGAUUUUUUGAUGGAACUAACGAAUGAAACCAUAAUUACGCUUUUUUUUUUAUUUAACCAAUUACUACAUUACGAAUAA